CUUGAUAUUAUUUGUACCUAGAUUAUUGUAACCAUGGCGCCUUUGAAGCGUCUUUUCUUCCUUGCCUCUCUAGUCUUCGUGGGCAUCAUCCUCUUCCUUGGAAAGAAUGCAGAGGCCAAAGGGCCCAAGAUCACCCACAAGGUUUACUUCGAUAUUGAACAUGGAGACGAGCCAAUGGGCCGGAUUGUAAUCGGACUUUAUGGGAAGACAGUCCCUAAGACUACGGAAAAUUUCCGCGCAUUGGCCACCGGCGAGAAGGGAUUCGGUUAUGAAGGCUCUACCUUCCACCGAGUUAUUAAGGACUUCAUGAUUCAAGGAGGCGAUUUCACCAAGGGCGAUGGUACUGGCGGAAAGUCCAUCUAUGGCGAGAAGUUUGCUGAUGAGAACUUCAAGCUGCGACACACCAAGAAAGGCAUUUUGAGUAUGGCCAAUGCGGGAAAGGACACCAACGGUUCUCAAUUCUUCAUCACAACUGCGGUCACUAGCUGGCUCGAUGGGCGUCACGUCGUCUUCGGCGAGGUUCUCGAGGGCUACGAGGUUGUCGAUAAGAUCCAAAAUAUCGAGAAAGAGCCCGGGGAUCGACCCAAGGAUGCCGUGAAGAUAGCCAAGUCCGGGGAACUACCAAUGACUGAGGAAGGUACUAGCCAUGAUGAGAUCUAGAUCAUCCUUCUGAAUUGCUUGGUGAAAGAAAAGGAACGAAGAGAAGAAAAAGGAAGAAAAAAGAGACCAAAAUCCAAUGUUUCCCCCUUCUUUUUCAUUGCUUGUUUUUCAUGCUCCAGUGCAAACAUAUAUACACGUGAUAUUUGUCAUUCUUUAGUUUUCUAAACAAGCAUUUGCUGAUGCUCUGGUUCCUUUUCCAAUUCAUCUAUCAAGGUCGACCUGGACUCAUCGCACAAUUGACCGAGAAACUGAAACAAUAAAGAUGACGGCGAGCGAGAAAACUAAAAAGGGAGACUUGUCCGGUGUUCUAAACAUCCCCAUGUGUGCGUAUUCCAGGGCCCCGGUCCCAGCAGAAGAAUGGAGGUUGUUUGCCAUUAAAUGCCCUUGCGUUCGCUCUGCCGCCCGUUUAGACCCCGUUUAUUACUUUAUCCAGUUACACAAUAUUAAUCUUCAAGG